ACACUGAAGACAGUCUAAACUACGCUAUGUCAAAUAAAAUGUUAACCAGGAAGCUUUCAUUUCUAGAUUCCCCGCAGGAAGCUUCAAUUUCUGGAUUCCUCGUGAUGCAGCAAUAUUAAAGGUCACAAUCUCAGUAGGAAUGUUUGGCAUGGGAUAAAUCAGUUUUCUUGAAUUACAUUUUUAAAGGUCCGUAAGAUUCAAGACACUCAAAGCCUUAAUCCUUGCUCCACGCAUGUUCGCCUAGCAAAGCUGUCCUAGCUAGAUCUAACCAAAAGCUGGAGGACCACACACCCUACAGCAGGAAGAACAAGUGUGGCAGAAUUUCAGCUGUAGCCCUCUCCCGCGUGGUUGGACUGUUUACUAAUGGUGCUUCCUGGGGAAGCGGUGCUUAUGACAACCAGUGUAAACACUCACCACCCGGCCUCGGAGCAGGACUCUGGUCAUGGCUUUCUGUGAUAAAGAGUACUUUGAGAAAAUCGGGGAGCUUCAACAGAAUAUGCACAAAAGUGAAAAGAGAAGAUUUCAGUUGGAAAGAGAACUGUUAGCCAUCUGCACGUCUGGCAAGCAAGGUUCCGAGAUGAAGAAUACCAAACUGCGGUGUUAUCUGAAGCAGAUAUGCGAAAGAGAAAACCGGGCUAAAGCAAGAAACCUUGAGCUCCUAAGAAAUAUGGAGAUCAUAGAAUUUAACAUGAAGGCAUUGUGUUCUAACCACAGUGCGCUGCGUCAGAAAAAGCAGAUCGAAAUGCAGGGAAAGGCGUUACAAGGAUCCACGGCCAGUGACCGCUCUCCACAUCUCGCUAAGGGUCUCUACCAACCUGCCGCCAUCUUCAUGAGUCACCAUACUUCCAGAUCUCUGCCUGUGGAGGCUGAGUGCACAAAGGAAGCUUCUGUUCAGCAGUCGAGCGUAGAGCACGAUGGGCUGGCCCGUCGUCCGGAGCAGUCGGAAAGCGGCACGUCGAAAAACCCGAGACUUUCGAGGAAGGGCACCGGCGGUCCCCCGCGUUCGCCCGAUGACGCCUCAGCUGUCGGCGAUGUCCCCGCUCGCCGGGACGCGAGCGGCGGAGACGCGGGGACGGUGGCGAGGGCACCCCCCUCGCUCGACAUCGCGUCGCUGGCCCCCGGGCCGCACGUAAUCCCCGAGCAGCUUUCACCCCGCGCGGCCUUGACGGCGUCGGAGCGAGAGGCACCGCCCGCGGUCGGUGCCGGUCGCGAGGGGGCCAGGACGCCGCCUGCAGAAAGCCUUCCGGGGGGUCUCUCGAACGAUGGAGCCGCGGAGGGUGGUGGCGAAAGUACCUCUCGGGCGUGCUCCCCUGAAUUUGGGUCUGGAGAAAAACGGCAAGAUGCUCUAGACAGCGAGAGCCUCCCGAGUCGGAGCACUGAAAGGAGCGCGGACCUCACCCUCAGCUCGGGGAGCGACCUUCCUCCCUCUCUGAGCGAGGGCAGAGACCCGGGUGGGCUUCGCGAGGGCACGGCCCUCCCGAGUGCUCGCAGCUUAAAGACCAGCAGGCCCGAGGGCGCCGCCGAUGGAAGCGACGAGCUUGUGGCUGCCGGCUACCACGCCGCCGACGCGCGUCAGGAGUCGCAGGUCACUGGAGAGUCUCAGGUCGGAAGAGAAUCUUGGCGUGGCAAAACGAAAUCCGCAUCAAAAGCGACCGCGCCGAUGCUGUCGCUGGAGGGAUUCUUUCAUUUACUGGAGUGCAUUGAAGAAAGGCUAGAUGAAAGGGAAAAAGAGGUGUAUAGAAUCUCAUCUGUCAGCGAGCAGCAUCUCAGCUAUUUGAUAAGCCUUUGUAACGGGAACGCUGCCCUGAAUGACGAGGACCUUGAAGCCUGUGGAGCCGUUGCCCUUCACCAGCUUCAGAGGCUGUCAUGGAACACGUCGAAGGGGUGCCUGUUGCCCCGAGAGGUGGUUAGCGCUAGCUGGACAGUGGCGGCAGAGGAGGGCAGAAUCAGGUCCUGCCUGUCCGCCGACGGAGCCAGGUUGUGGGACCGCUGGUUCAGACACGCCGUCGCGCUGCGGGACCGCGGCGCGCUCGCCGCCGACGGCAUCGCGAAGCUGUUCGCGCCGUUGCUGGUGGAGAAAGGUGCCUCUUACGCUGACAAGGCCGAAGCGCUCCUGAGCGUCAUGCUGGAGGAAGCCGGCGGAGAUGCCGCCUCCGUCGACAGCGAUGAGUCGUCCGGCGGUCUGCCGUCUCUCCUUUUCGAUGGCGGUGAAAUCAAAGCGGCCAGGCCCGCUGGCUGGCACGAAACCUACGCCCACGGACAACAAAGUGGUGAAGAGGACAGCCGGGAAGAAAGCUUUGUGGAAAGUAUUCCUAUUAGAGAGACAAAAGCGUAUCAGCUGCUUAAACAGUCGGCCACGCAGCGCCGACCGCAGAGCCCUCCGGAGGACGAGGACGAGCUCGACGCGUUUCCGUCAGGAGUGACACAUAACCAUCAUAUGGAGAAUUCUGGGAAAGACGAUAGGACGAGAACAAGUUCGUCUUCAUUCAGUGAGCGCCCUCUUGUUGGGGCUGGAAAGGUGGCAAAGAGUGCAGUCCCUGCUGUGCAGUCAAAAGCUUUUUGGGGGGAAUCGGACGACAGCAACUCGGAGAUCGAAGCGGCCCUGCGCCCCCAGUCUCACGGCCCGGCUGUUGACGACUUCGAUUAUUUCGACGAUUAAUUAAACGAUCCACAUAGAAGACUGGAGUGCUACCAACAUUGAAAUGUACAUAAUUAAAGCAUGUGUCAUUACAACCACAAAAUUGUCUGUAUGUGGUGCCCUUUGUAAAAGCAUUGUUUGUUUUGUUUUUUUUUUCUCCAUGUACAAGAUAAUCUUUCUGCACUGGUAGACACCCCUACCCCCCAUUAUAUAUUUUCAGAAAAAUAAAAUCAAAUAGCUCUUAUUGUAGGGAAAAAAAUAUCUGAAGAGUUUUCUAACAUGCUGUUGUUAACCCUGCUUGAAUCUCUUUAUUUGAACAGUGCUCAGAACUCUUCAAAACAGGUUGAAAUAGUUUAAACUUAAUUUUUAAAGAGAUUUGUUUGCAUUGUGGUGAAUAUUAUACAUUUUAAAAUCUGCACACAUUUCAGAAAUGCUUUGCAUUCAGAAUGCGGCAAUAUAAUGAAGAGAGUCAACCCCCCUGUGAAAUUAUUUAGAACAAUGGAUAUCCCGGCUAUUACCAAGCCACCUUUGAACUCCGUGAAGUGGCUUCAUUUAUCAGAAUAAAAUGCGUGGUUUUAUUAACUAACUAAACCUGCGGAGAUGGAAAUCAGUGCCAGCGAUUGGUCAGAAGAACUGAUUUUCAGAUGCGCGGUAUCCAUGUGAAAUUAAGCAACCGCUCGGUUCACACGGACAGAGUGCCUUUUUUCCUGAGCGCUCAUAAAUUAUGCAUUCUACUCAAAAUAAUUGCUUGUACACCACUUCUGCGCAGAUCCCCCCAUUACAGUAUGUUUAAAAACAGACGUGGAACCAAACCGAACGCUUCUUCCAUGCUGACACGAAGAGCUUCACUCUCCUAUUCCUAUUCAUUUGUGUCUUUACACUGGCCCGAUAAAUGUUUUUCUUUCUUAAAUCUUCUUUCUUACCUUGGUUGUAAGUUCUCAAAACUGUGUACGUUGAUUCAUUAAAUUCUUAGUUUCAUUAUGAAGUGUACUGAAGUCCAUAUGCUGUCUAUGUAUAACCUCUUGAUUAAUGCCAGAAAGCUGUUUAAUCCCACUAAUGUUUGGUGUUCACUCUCUGCACACAGGCUAGGCCCCCAGGCUCCCACACCUCGUUCAUUUUGAAGCGUACCUAAAUUAGCUCGCCAACCUAUAGUUUUCUUAAGCUUUCUUCCAUGUUAUUUUUUUUAUCAUUUGCAAUGGCAUGUUAUCAUCUAAUAUUGCUAAAGCGCUAGUAUUCAGCACAUCCCCAUGAAUCCAUUAGUCAGCUUUUAGGUGACUUCAUGUGCCUGAACCCUCUAAAGUAGGACUCCACACUCAUUACCCGUAAUGGCUACGGUCUACCUUGACCUAACACGGAAAGUGAAUGCGUCUGAAUAAUUUGGAGUUUGCUAAAAAGCUCCCUCACAUAAUAUCUAUGUUAAGGAGCGUGUCAACAGACACUUGUAUGCUGCAGAUCGCUGUGAGAGCGGAGUUAUAUUUCACUAAUAUGUAACAACACAAUAAACAUUUUUUAAGAGAACUUUUUUCUCAUUCACCGGGCUAUAGCUCAGCUUUUCAUGACAUCCAGCAAAUCAUUAAAUCCGCAGUUAAGAAUGCGGUUCCAAUUGCCUGCCGUUUUCUCUGUAGACAAAAAUUUCUCAGGUACUUUGCUCAAAAAUAUCAGAGCGCAAGCCUGGUUAAUUGAUGCUGCAAUUCUACAAGUCAUAGCCGGGACACUGCCGUUGUACCCUUGAGCAAGGUACUUAACCUGCAUUGCUUCUGUAUAUAUCCAGCUGUAUAAUUGGAUACAAUGUGAAUGCUAAGUAAAAAAAAAAAGUUGUGUAAGUUGCUCUGGACAAGAGCGUCUGCUAAAUGCCUGUAAUGUAAUGCACAAAUCAGGAAAUGAAAUUAAUCAAAGAAUAAGAUCAGUGUCUCUGAAAAGGAGCGGGCAAAUGUGGGGUUAUUCAGUGUAAACAACCACGCAAUAAUUGAUACAGUUAUCCGGUGAUGCUACCAUCUGCAACAGUAAAGAACUUCAGUCGAUGUUUCAUGGAUUUAUCGAUUCUUCACUCACCUGAAGUUACAUGACAUUGGAUCAACCUUUUUGUAAAUCUGCAAAAAAAUACUUUUGCCCAUUAUAACAGUUAUUGGUGUGCAAGUGUUCUAUUGACAGAAAGUGUGUUUGCCACUACUCUGAAUGAAUUAAAGCAGGUCACACCAUA